CAAAUAGUGAUCAUAUGGUGUGAAGACAACACUGAACGCCACACAUGGGAUGUGUUGACAACUGACCACCGAUUCAUCGCUUGCACCACUCAUUCAGCCAAUUAUGAUCUCUUAGUCGCAACGCAUCACCAUUUAAGACGAUCACCCACAAGAGAUUACCACUGAUUAUCACCACAUCAUGUCUACGAGAAGUCACGGGCGAUGGUUUCACCCAAACAUCUCGGGAGUGGACGCGGAGAAGAUGUUGAUGGAGAGGGGCUUUGAGGGGAGUUUCCUGGCGCGGCCCUCGAAGUCCAAUCCGGGAGACUUCACGCUAUCGGUGCGACGCAACGGUCAGGUGACGCACAUAAAGAUCCAGAACACGGGUGACUACUACGACCUCUACGGCGGCGAGAAGUUCGCCACUUUGGCUGAAUUGGUUCAGUACUACAUGGAAAACAUGGGACAACUGAAGGAGAAGAACGGCGAAGUGAUUGAACUCAAGUUUCCCCUCAACUCGUCGGAUCCGACAUCCGAGCGCUGGUUUCACGGCCCGCUGUCCGGCAAAGACGCCGAGAGACUGGUCCUGGAAAAGGGCAAAAACGGCAGUUUCUUAGUGCGCGAGAGUCAGAGCAAACCCGGCGAUUACGUGCUCACCGUACGUACCGACGACAAAGUCACUCACGUUAUGAUCCGAUUUCAGGACAAUAAGUUCGAUGUCGGCGGUGGAGAUAAGUUCGACUCUUUGAGCGAUUUGGUCGAACACUACAAGAAGAACCCAAUGGUCGAGACCACGGGAACUGUUGUCCACCUCAAGAACCCAUUCAAUGCCACCCGAAUCACUGCCUCAACCAUCGAGAACAGAGUCAAAGUGUUGACCAAAGAGAACGUCCAAAACUUCGGAAAAGCCGGCUUUUGGGAGGAAUUCGAGGACAUCAAAGACAUGAAAGAGGAUGAGAUGAACGCUACACAGAGUCGACAAUUAAUGGCAAACGUGGACACAAGCAGUAUGAACAAUACUGACAGUGAUGCCAAUGAACACAACUACACCAAACAUACACUACUGCCAGCCCUACCACUACUGCCCAACAGUGCACUGCCACACAACCACUGCCAGUGCCAACACACUAAC